CUUCUUGUAUUAUCAUCUACUAUGAAGCAAGUGAUCAAUGACUUCUCUCAAUCUAUCAUUUUAUUCUUAGUAGCUAGAGGAGUUAAGGAAGUAUGGAGAUUUGGGGAUAAUUGGGUAGAGAACAAGGGUUAAGGGAUUGGUUGUUUUGACUAAGUGGGGGUUAAUAAAAGAACAACGAUUAUAGAGGGGAAAUGCAUAUUAUUAUCAAUAGUGGGCUAUGCUACUAAUCACAUUUGAAUUAUUAUCUGUUUGAAGUGUAAUAUGACAAAGAAUAUUUGAAUUCGAAUUAUUCUGGCUCCUUGUUUUGUCAUUGUCCCUCCCUUAUUCCCUUCUCUACAUGUUGUUCCUUCUCUCUCUCUCUCUCUCUCUCUCUCUCUCUCUUUUUUUUUUUAAACUUUUGGUGGAGGGACCAAAAAGGAUUUGUUUUCAAUUAAAAGAAAGAAAAUAACUUUUCCACCAAAAAGAAAGAUAAGGAAAUUACUUGUUAAGCCUGUUUUUUUCUUUUCUUUUUUGGUUAUGUUGUGCCCGAAAUUUCAAUUAACGAAUAAUGCGUUGAAGACAAAUUAUAAGCAAUUGUGGUAAUGAGAAGUUUGGGAUUCUGUCAAACACACCUUCGUUUCUUCUUUAUAGCAAACAAUUCUUGUCAUAAAAUAUGAUCGAUACAUUUUUCAUCUCUACUUCACAAUCUCCUUAUUCAGUUUAUGCAAUAAUUGUUUUCACAAACAACUGAUUGAAACUCUGCACACUCGCUAGCUUUAAACCCCAUUCAAAGGCUUUCACCUCUGCCAUCUCCGAUAGUGUGCUCAAUUGGAUAGGGAUAAAAUUCAAUCCAUUGUAGAACUUAAACAGCAAAUAAAUUUAUCAUAUAGUUUUACUAGAAUGCAUAUUACACAUUUUCAAUCAACACAAAUCUUUCAUAUUCACUACUUGCUCUAUGUGCUUUUCCACAUAAUGACAUAAAUACUACCCCACAACCUCAAUUGCCUAUCCAUAAUACCCUACAAAUACUACCCCACAACUUGAAAAAUCACCCAAAUGUGAACCCAAACAAAAAGUCACCCUAUUUCUCACCCUCUUCUUCCCUCCACACAAGUUCUCACAUGGCUCUAGCCACUUUCAUUGACCCCAAAGUCAAAAUUUCUCCCCCCAAAAUUUAACACCCCCCUAAUAAUUAAACAAAAAUAUCAAUCCUUCCUCCCACCACCACCAUAAAAAUCCAAAUAAAUUGACUGCAAACUAAUCAGACUCUGACAUGUCAAAAUAAAAUCAGCUUGACAGCUGUUGUUGCCUUUUUUCCUUCUUCUUUAUUUAGCCUUUUUUUUUUCCUUUUUAUCUUUACUUCAUCACCACUUCCCUUCUGUUCUCACCAAACUUUAUCCCCUUUCUGCUUCAUUCCUCUUCUCAAUAAACCCUAAUUUCACCCUCCUUUCCCCUCCCUCUGUAUUUCACCCUAGUAGUGGAUUUGGGAUUUUCCAAUUCGACCUUAAACCCUGAUAAAAUCCCCCAAAUGAGCAUGGAAGUCUCGACCUCGCCGGCGAAUUUGAUGACUAGCGGCAACGGCGGAGGCGGCGUGGCGGCAGAAGAGGAGAGGAUGAAGUUGCGGGGGAGGGAAGGAGGAGGGAGCCAGGUCCUGCAGUACUCAAGCGGAGGAGGGAACCGGUGGCCGCCAGAGGAGACGGUAGCUCUGUUGAAGAUAAGGUCGGAGAUGGACGCCAGUUUUAGAGACUCCAGCCUCAAAGCUCCCCUCUGGGAAGUUAUCUCGAGGAAAAUGAGCGAGCUUGGAUACACCAGAAGCGCCAAAAAGUGUAAGGAGAAGUUCGAGAACACUCAGAAGUACCAUAAGAGAACUAAAGACGGAAGAACCUACAGACCCAAUGGAAAGAUUUAUAAGUUCUUUUCCCAGUUAGAAGCUCUAGAGAACACCCCUCCAUCAUCAAUGGCUGCUCCACUCCCUAGUACGAUUCAAGCUAGUCAGAGUCCCGCCAUAGAUGCAAUCCCGUGUUCCGUAUACAGCCCCGCUAUGCAAUUCGUCGACAGCAGCUCAACUUCAACCACCUCUACUCCAAGCAAAGAAGAAUCAGAAGGAACUAAGAAGAAGAAGAGGAAGUUCACCGAGUUCUUCAAUGGAUUGCUUGCUAGAGUUGUGGAGAAGCAAGAGAGCUUACAGAGGAAGUUCAUUGAAGCAGUAGAAAAGUUUGAGAAGGAUAGAAUGGCAAGAGAAGAAGCAUGGAAGGCACAGGAAUUGGAGAGAAUCAAGAAAGAACGAGAAGACUUGGCUCGCGAGAGAGCUAGUGUGGCUGCUAAGGAUGCAGCGGUGCUUGCUUUCUUGCAGAAGUUCUCCAAUGGAGCAAUGCCCCUGCCCUUGCCAUUGCCAUUGCCAGUGGAGAAAGUCCCUCUUCCUUCGAGAGCUGUGGUGAAAUACACUCCUACUCCCAUGACGCCCAUGACCCCAUCUUCUUCUUCACCAUCGAGAUGGCCUAAGGAGGAGAUCGAAGCAUUGAUAAGGUUAAGGACCAAUCUCGACAUGCAGUAUCAGGAGAGUGGGCCUAAAGGCCCAUUGUGGGAGGAAGUGUCACUAGAGAUGAAGAAACUAGGGUUUGACAGGAGUGCCAAGAGGUGCAAGGAGAAAUGGGAGAACAUGAACAAGUACUUCAGAAGGGUGAAAGAGAGCAGCAAGGCAAGGCCCGAGGACUCGAAGACUUGUCCGUACUUCCACCAGCUGGACGCGCUGUACAGCAGCGGCGGGAAGAGGAGGAAGAUCGACCAUGAUCUCGCGUUGACAACUGGAGUAAACUCGGGGACAUCUGAUUUGAGGCCGGAAGAGCUCUUGAUGCACAUGAUGAGCCAACAGCAGCACCAGCACCAGCCUGAGUCAGCAACUACAGACGAUGGAGGAGGAGGCGGGAGUAGUGAGAAUAACGAGGCGGAGAAGGAACAAGACCGGUCUCGAGUCGUGGCUAGUAGCGAGCAUUGUUCUAUGCCGAUGAUGGAGUGGAGGAAUCGUCUCGAGCAGAUGACAGAAGAGGUUAGGAGACGAGACGAUCAUGACCAGUGAAGUUGUUCAACAAAGUUGAAAAGGAGGCAGCCGUUUUUGUGAGAAAGGAAGAGCCUUUUGUACAUGGACGGAAUGGAAGACAGCCAUUAGUAGACUUUUGAAGAGCAGGUGAGAUGAGUGUGUUGGUGUUGUUUUUUGAGAUAGACAGAAACAUGUUUAUAGACCAUUUCCCUUAAUUUUGCUCUGUUUUGUUGUUGUUGUGUAGAAUCAUGAGAGGGGUUUUGUUGUCUUUUUUUACUACUGUUAUGCAAAUGGAAGAUGGUGGUGGGAAUGUAGAGAAAGUGCCACCACCAGUUUUGGAUGGAACAUUUACAAACAAUAAUGUGCUUCAAAAGCA